UCGCGAAAUAGUUUCUAGUUUCGCUUGUCUACAGACAGGGGAGAUAGGAGUGUGUUGAUUUCGCAUAGUCGAGAUUUCUUCGUUUUGAAGUUACCAGUCGGGUAUCUAACAGAAAAAGUAACGAUGUCACUGUACCCAUCCCUGGAGGACCUGAAGGUGGACAAGGUGAUAAAGGCCCAGGCCCAGUUUGCCCACUCCACCUCUUCCAUGCCAGCCAUCACUGAGGGCACUUAUCAGCCCCAGCUUCCCACACAGGGGAUGCCAAGCUCCAGCCUGUAUCCAAACCUAGAGGAACUGGGAGAAUACAUGGGCCUGAGUCUCAACAGUGAUGAAGUGCAGAGGAACCUCGCUCUUGUGCCAGCGGCAGGCAACCAGGUGGCGCUCUCCUCGGCCGUAGGGGGUAUGGUGCGACCGGUGACCGGGGCAGACGUGGGGGUCAGGCGUGCAGAGAUCCGCCCAGGCGUGAGAGAGGUUAUCCUCUGUAAGGACCAGGAUGGAAAGGUUGGCCUGAGACUGAGGGACAUUGAUAAUGGCAUAUUUAUCCAGCUGGUGCAGGCCAACUCCCCGGCUGCACUGGCAGGCCUGCGCUUUGGGGACCAGAUCCUGCAGAUCAACGGGCAGAACUGUGCAGGCUGGAGCGGAGACAAGGCCCACAAGGCCCUGAAGGCAGCCGGAGAGCAGCGUAUCGAGCUCAUCGUUCGUGACAGGCCUUUCCAGCGUACGGUCACCAUGCACAAGGAUAGUUCUGGACAUGUCGGCUUCAUUUUCAAGUCUGGUCGCAUCACCUCUUUGGUCAAGGAUGGAUCUGCCGCUCGCAACGGACUGUUAACUGACCAUUACAUCUGUGAGAUCAACGGCCAGAACAUUAUUGGCCUCAAGGACCCCCAGAUCAAGGACAUCCUGACCACUUCUCCCACAACCAUGACCAUCACCAUCAUGCCUAAGUUCAUCUACGAGCACAUGAUAAAGAAGAUGUCAGGUGGCCUUCUGCGGUCAUCCAUGGACCACUCUGUGCCUGAGGUCUGAAGUCCUGACCACGCCCACAUCAGAAUGCCUACAAUCUCCAGCCUUCCUAUUGGACCCUCCCACUACAUGGGUUGUCUUUAUAUCGCUGAUCUGAUACUUCCUCAGUCAUUUAUCGUAACAUAUAUCAAUGGCCUUUUUCUAUUAUAGAUGUUGAACAUCCUUGUACCUUUUUUCUCACUAGUUUCUUUUCUAUUUUCCUUUUCAUUGUUGCCAUUUUUACAUCAUUGUCUUUUUAUAUAUAGUUAUGCGUUGUCAUUGUCUUUAUGGCCUUUGUCAUUUUUUUUUAUACAUUGUUGCACCUUUGUGAAGAUGGGAAUAAAAUUGAGCAGGGCUUUAGGUUUGGUCCAGAGCUUCCAUGGCAAAAAAGCUGCAGGAUUAGGAUUGUGGGCAUUGACUUCAGCACAUGGAAUCAUAGAAUUUCUCCACUUUGCAUGUAGGACUCAAAGCAAACCCCUCUACAAAUCAGUUGAUGCACCUGUGUGCCAAGAUCAGUGAAUGCAGAAACAGAAAUUAGGUUUAUUUUCGUAAAAAAUGAAAUUUAUUCCUUUUACUGAUAUUUGUUUUUAGUCUUUUUUGUUUGUUUGUCUGUUUUUAGAAAUGUAAUCUGAUAACCUUCACAGCCAUCAUUACUGUAAAUGCUAGUGUCUCAAAUUUAUAUUCGAAUGUAACCUGAAGAUGCUGUAAUUAUUAUAUAAUUAAUAAAUAGUCGUACUGGU